UAGCGUGUAUAGCGUGUGGCGGUUUUCCGUGCUGUAGGUUGCUUGUUUGUUUUUGUCGCUGCUGUAGAGUGUGGACUGCGGUGUUGUAAGCAAACAAUUCUGUGUAUUUUUGUGUUGUUAAAUUGUAAUUUCGCAGUUUAAAGAAAAGUAUAGCGUGUGUGCUACCGUCUGAACCAAGGGAACGGAGUUCCAACAGCCGGUGGUACGCCCAGCAUGGACGGAGACGAAACGGAAGGCUUCACGGAGCCCUGCGCUCAGUGCUCGGCUGUGAGCUGGGCGGUCUCAGAGGAGGGCAGGUUUUACUGCACGUCCUGUCACAACAUCAUUGAGAGAACGAAGCAGACAAGCAGCACGGAGUUCGCAGCUUCCACCAGGAUCUCCUCCAUCGCCAGGAGCAAAACAAAGAAAACAGGCUCCAGGUGUCAGUGGAUGAUCUGUGAGGGCUUUCAGGUCAUUCUCAGACACCAGGCUGAUGCUCUGCUCAACCUGGGAGUUUGUUCACAGUUUAAGGACGUGUUGUGUCAGUUUUGGAGGAAGUACCUGCAGAAGAGUCGGCAGGCGUACACCAACAACCCGAUCCGCUCCACAAAUUUUAAACUGGCUCCUUCGUGUGUUCAGGACUUGGACUCUGAGUCCAGCGCUCCAGAAUCUUCCGUCAUGUCUGACAGUGGGACGGGCGACGAGCUGCCCAGCUCGCAGCACUCUCGUUCAGGGUUUGCCAGUGACGACUGCUCUGUGUAUUCCGGUUCGGAGGACGUGGCCACCUAUCUGAGCGCCCAUCAGAAGUCGGCCCAGGGCCCGAUGAGCAUGCCCAGGACGCUGGCCCUCUGUUGGCUGGCCCUGCUGUGGACCCGUGAGGCGCUGACCCUGGCCGACCUGCUCAGGUUGGUGAAGGAAGGUCACGUCCCCUAUGUCAACGCCCACGAGUGUUUCCCCAAAGAGAUAAGACCACAGGGUAGAGACUCCAUCGUCUUCAGGGUGGAGUCUUAUCCUUCUCACCAGAUGGUUCAUAAGCUGGCCCUGAAGCAGGCAGCUUACCUGGAUCUGCCCUCUUUCCCUCCCAUCAGCCACUGCUGUCUGCUGCACCCCAACCUGCUCACCCUCCGCUACCUGAUGGAGGUGAACCUGCCGGAUGAGCUCUAUGACUGGGUAUGCCGGAUAUCGGAGCAGUCCGGUUCUGCCGAUGUGGAGGUCAAUACGUUCCAGCCUGGCAUCAAAAACGUUCUGCCACUCUAUGAUGUCAAGGCUGCCGCCCUCAUCAUCGUCACGAUGAAGGCCCUGUACGGAAUGGACGACCGUACCGAAUGGGAUUUGUCCAGUGAUGCAGGAGACAAGAACAAGGAACACGCAGAGGUGAAGGUUUUCAGCAUCAGGAGGUGGUACCGGCUGGUGCAGAACGCUCUGACCAGAGCCAAACAGAGACAGCAGGAAGAAAGGGCCAGGAAACAGUGGAAGCCCCGGAAACCCAUCUUUCCUUCAGAGAAGGACGCAUCCUGUGUUGUCAAACGGAGACGCACGGUGGAGCAGCUGCAGAGUCUCUUUGGGAACCUGUCUGGUUCGGCGCCGGGGCCUGAGCACCACCCCCCCUCCAGCUUCAGGUUCCGCUGGGGGGAGGGGGAGGGGGUGGACGGGCCCAGCAUGCACCGGCAGAGGGUGGGAGGGAUCGUGUCGAUGUCUGAGGACACCCUGGCUCCCCCCAAAGUGCAGUACUGGCUGCUAAAUUCGUGGAAAUGCAACAGCAAUAGACACGGAAUUCUCUACAAGCAGCUGGUGCCGACGCUCCCCAAGUCCUUCCUCUGGCUGCUGGAGCUCUUCUCCUUCCUGCUGGAUGUCAAACCUUCCUCCAUGUUGGAGGGGGUGUGGGAGGUGGAGCAGCGCCUCUUCGGAAGAGCAGCACACAGGCUGCGCAGAGCCCGAGAAAAUAAAUCGAACAAACCCCCCGAAGUACCAAAAGGCUUGUGAUGAUUUGAAAAGGUUGACCGUGUUCCUCCUCCUGCCAUACGUUCGUCUCCAGCGGGUUUCAGCAUCAUGUGGUGGCGAACGUAACGUGACUGACACGACGAAGGUUCAAUUCCUCAGAAACAGCUGGUGUUUGUCCCUACACCCACGUGUCACCUGAUAGUGUCUGGAAACAUGAAACCGGAUCCUGGUCCGAGGCCUUCUGGUUCGCUAAGUUGACGUCUUUCAGAUCCUGAUUUUGUUUCAACAUUAAUUUCAACAUUCGCCGCUUCCGGUGUGGGAAGAUGGCGGCGCAAAUUCACGUUUCCGGCGGCCUCGCCCAGUACCAUACGUGCAGCGUCUUUGUCCACGUCUACAUCUAAGUUUGUCUUCGUUUGAUGGCUGGGAGAGCUGGCGCUGGAUCGGCUGGGGGAGCCUGGUCUGCUGCGUCCUGUGGGCCCGGGGACCGCGGCCCUGCCUGGAGCUGUGCCCGAAGAGGUAACACCGAGGGUGGUCUGACGGGACAUGGAAGUGGGGCAGGCUAAGCUAACUGCUAGCCCACGAGGACCGGCAGUUCCGACAGUCAUCCUGGCCGCCGUUCGUUCUUGUUUUGUUUAGUUUGGAUAUGUGUGUUGUUUGGAUGUGUGUGGUCUUGUAGAUCUUGGAUGUGUGUUUUUGUCUUUGUGUUGCACUGCUGCGGGCUGGGGGGGAACCUCGUGUCGCCCCGUUAAAAAGUGUUUCUGAUUUCUGAACAUGGAGAGGAAUCCCAACUGUGAUGCCUUCAAUGCACAUCGUCGGCUGUUCUCCUGUUUCCGUCUCCUUUGUUAAUAAAGUACUGCCUUCAAAUGAAAAUCCAGUUUUUCAGGUACUUCUUGUCAGCGGUUUGUUCACACCGGCCGCUCGGCUGGAAGUCAGAACCAAGAUCCCAACAGAACCGGACUGGCGAGGAAGACGGGCCGGUGAAACGGGAUAGAAUAGCCAGCGUUCCUCUAGUUUAGCAGUCAGGCUCUCUUUAGACCGGCCCACUUCGCAUCCUUCAGCCUCUGUCCCACGGAGACAGGGAAAGUAAUUGG